AUGUCGCUGUCCGACAUCCGUCGAUAUAUAUAUAGAUUCUCCAUCUCUUGGGCCAGAGUUCUUCCUGUGGGUGAUGUCAGCCAAAUCAAUCAAGCAGGAGUGGAUUACUACAACAACCUUAUUGAUCUGUUGAUUGCAAUUGGCAUUCAGCCUAUGGUGAAGAGGUGGGUGACGUUCAACGAGCCGACGGCGAUCGCGUUCGGCUACAGCUCCACGGACACCAACGCACCGGCCAUCGACGCCCACGGCUUCGGCGUCUACACGGCGGCCCACUGCAUUCUGCCGGGGUUGGUUUGCUCACCCGAUCUACACGGAGGAGGGCGGAUACCCCUGGUGAUGCAGGAACGCGUCUGGGAGGACUGCAUCAACAACAACAUCUGGAUCUCGCGGCUACCCGAGUUCAGCGCCCAGGAACUAGUCGACCUCAGAGGAGCAGCAGACUUCUUUGCCCUGAACCAUUUCACGACGCAGCUGGCAUCGAACGGCCAGCAAGCUGACUUCCUGGGACACGGGCGCCAUCUUGUCCUGAACUCAGCUGUCAGCCGGUGGGUGCCGCAGAAGCGGCUUCUGCCGUGGCUCUGUGAUCACGCCGAGACAGUGGACGCACUGCGCGGUGCUUUCAUCCCAGUGCCGGUCAUUCCGUGGGGCUUGCGCAGCCUGCUGAACUGGAUCAACAACGAAUACGACGUCAGAGGAGGGAUCUUUGUAACAGGGAACGGUUUUUCAGACGCAGGAGAGCUAGAGGACAGUGGUCGGCAGGAGUACUACAGGGCUUACCUGGCGGAGAUACUGAAUGCCAUUGAUGAAGAUGGUAUCAACGUGAUUGGGUACACAGGAUGGAGCCUGCUUGAUGGUUUCGAGUGGAUUAGGGGAUACACGGUGAAAUAUGGCUUUUAUCAAGUGGACUUCAGUGAUCAGAAUAGGACCCGAACACCGAAGGCGUCAGCAACCAUGUUUCAAGAGAUCGUGGCGACACGACAGCUUCCUAACCGCGCUGCAAAGCCAGCCUUCAACUAG